AUGCCAAUAUCAAGUGGUUUUAGUUAUUAUAAAGAUCUUAUUCCAAUUCAACAACGGAAACCUAUUGUACGACCACAAAUUUAUUCUCUUACAUAUAAGUUUCAAGAGAAUCGACGAACCAAUAAUCAGAAUGGUUUAUUCUCAAAUUCGAAAGCAACAGCAGGUAACAAAUUACCACCACGACGACCAGCAGCCGUUGUCAAACAAUCAACACGUUCGGAUACAUUUACAUUGCCAACAAAACGUAAUGUAACAAAUUUUAAAGGGCCAAAACUCAAUCAAACACAAAAUGGUUCUCGACAACAGCCAGUCAAAAAAUCAACCAUUAUAAAUUCAACGACACCUAUUGAACAAAAGCCAGCUAAAAAAAUGCAUAAAAAUAGUGGCACUCGACCUAUGAUGAAACAAUCUAAUUUAUUUAUGAAUCAAGGAAAUGUUGAACGAAAACCCGUACGCUUUGCUAAUAACAAUAAUAAUACGUAUUAUUAUCCUUCUUCUUCUCCUGCUUCUGCUCCUGUUAAUUAUCAAAAAAAAAUUGCACCUCUUGCUGAUCCUUUACCUCGAGAUGCUUUAGAUAAAUCACGACGGAUGCGUAUAGUCAAUGAUGAAUAUGCAAUACAUCGUCGAAAAGAUUCACCUGCUUAUGCUUAUACUGACUAUCAAACGGUGAGUGAUAUACCAACUAUUUCAUAUAUUAAUUCUUUACCACCUGUUGAUCCACCAAAAAAUCGGACAGCUCCUACUGUAAUUAUUCAUUCGAGAGAAACUCAUCAUCCCGAUACUCCUACAAUUAUUCCAAAUGUAUCCACAGCUCCUUCCUAUUCUUCUCCUCCUCCCGUUAUAUUUUUAUCUUCUUCAGCUCCUCCGCCACCUCCUCCUCCCUUUAUGGUUUUACCUUCUUCAGCUCCUCCGCCUCCUCCUGCUCCCUUUAUGGUUUUACCUUCUUCAGCUACUCCUUCGUAUCCUCCCACUUCAACUAUGGUUUUACCACCUCCACCAAUUUCUUCAUAUCCUCCUACAUUUCCCAUGUUUUUACCUAUUACAACAGUUCCUACACAACCUCUGGGACAAAAUUUUUUUCUUCCACCUUCAUCAAAUCCAGCAUAUAUGUCUCAACCUUUAUUUUAUCCUAAUCCUCCAUCGUCGGCGCCACCACCACAUCAGCAAACUAUUAUAAGUCAAUCAUCAUCAUCUUCAUCGGCCCCGACAGUACCAGUAAAAACUGAGAAUAAAACUGAGGAAAACAAUCCGACGUUUAUUAUUCAACCAGAUACGACUAACAAGAAAAAUGUAACCAUACAAUUGAAAAUGACAGAUGAGGAUAAUCCACGUGAUAGAACAAGAUCAGAACAAGUAGUUCGAGUUGUACAUGAACCUCCAUAUCGUGAAUUUGAUAAUCGAUAUUAUAUUGAAUCGGAACCAAAACGUAUUAUUUAUGAACAACCGACACGUCGAAGAACAAUUCUUCGAAGACCACCACCACCACCACCACCACCUGCAACUCAAUAUGUUUAUGUUGAUGAAUCACCAUCAACUAUUGUUCGUAAUCGUCGUCGUCCUCAUCGUUCUGAAGUUGUUUAUAUGAAUAAUAAUCAACCAUUAGAAUAUGAAGAAGAAAUUGUUUAUGUUGAUGAUAAUGGUAAUCAAAUUGAAUACAUCUAUGAUGAUGAACCUUCGUAUCAUCGACGAAAUUAUAGAACAUCUUAUCAAUCACCAUCAACAAGAAUUAUUUAUGAAUAA